AUGGAUGACUUGGCUCUCCUUGACCUGUUGGAGUGUCCCGUGUGCUUUGAAAAGCUCGACGCCACAGCAAAGGUGCUGCCGUGCCAGCACACGUUCUGCAAGCCCUGUCUGCAGAGGAUCCUGAAAUCCCAGAAGGAGCUGCGGUGCCCCGAGUGCAGGACCCUCGUCCUGGGCAGCAUCGAGCAGCUGCCCUCCAACCUGCUCCUCAUUCGCCUCCUGGAUGGGGUCAGGUGUGGACAAAACGUCACCAGGUUUGGUUCGAUCCAGAGGUCGGGGGUCCUGUCCUCCCCCGCCUCCAUCAGGAGGGUCCCCAGGGGGCUGCAGCUGCACCAGCACCGGCUGGCAACCAACCCCAGGAUCCACAUGGAAGGGGUGCCCCGAGCCAGGGCCCUGUACACGUACAGAGGGCACAACCCCGGGGAGCUGCGCUUCAACAAGGGGGACACGAUCGUGCUGCUGCGGCAGCUGGAUGAGAACUGGUACCUGGGCGAGCUCAACGGCUCCAGCGGCGUGUUCCCAGCCAGCUCCGUGCAGGUCAUCCAGCACCUGCCCCUGCCCCGCCCUCUCUACAGCCUGGACCUGCGGGGCAGGGACAAGGGCGACAGCAAGGACAUCCUGACCUUCCAGAAGCCCAGCAGCCCCGCUCAGCAGCUCCUGCAGGCCACCAAGGGCCACUGGUCCCCGCAGCCCAAGGGCUCAUCCCUGCGAGCGGCGUCUCCCAAGGCCAAGGCCACGGGCUCGCUGCCCUUCCCCAAGGUGCCCGAGCCCAGGAGGAAGAGCCUGCGGCAGUUCUCCAUCACCACAGCCCUCAACACCCUGAACCGCAUGGUGCACGCUCCCGCCGAGCGCCCGGCGCUGCACAUCAGCUCCCCCGUGCUCAUCAGCUCCAGCAACCCCAGCGUGCCCACCCCGGGCAGCGAGAGACCCGAGCCCCCCCACGGGCCCCCCGUGCAGGUCAGCACCUCUUACUACCCCACACCAGGACCCCUGGGGCCCCCAGCAGCCAUCCUCACCCUGCCCCACCUGCAGCACCAUGGGCCAGCUUACCUGUGCGUGGCUCUCCACUCCUACCCGGCUCAUGGACCGGACGAGCUGGAGCUGCAGAAGGGAGAAGGGGUCCGUGUUUUCGGCAAGGACCAGGACGGGUGGCUGCGGGGCAUGUCCCUGGUCACCGGCAGAGUCGGGCUCUUCCCCAGCAACUACGUCGCUCCCCUCUUCAGGAAAUCGAGUCUCUCCGACUCGAAGAUGCCUUCCCUGUACACCUCAUGGACGCUGUCCACGUCCUCGCUGUCCUCGCAGGGCAGCGUGGCCGAGCAGGGCCCGCGGCAGAGCCGAGCGCUGCGGCCGCUGCCGCUCCCCGUUCCCGUUCCCGUUCCCGUGCCCGGCCCCGGGCGGGCCCCGCCGGCUCCGGCCCCGCUGCGGCGCGGCCGCGGCAGCGCCAGGAAGAACGGAUCCCUGCAGAGGCCAGGACAGGCAGGGACCCCCGUGCAGAUCUCCGGCUCCCUCAGGCGUCCCACGGCCGCGGGGCGACCUCAGCACUUCCAGCUUUACACGCACGGCAGCCCCGCAGCGCACAGCAUCCCUCCCGGAGCUGGCCUGGACGAGGCAUCGCAGCCAGAUGUCUCCUACGAGGCUUCGCCGGCGCUGCUGGUCAGGGGAGGGGAGAGCCGGACCCCAUCCGUGUGCAGCUCGGUGAUCCUGGACGCCAAAGACCCCCCGGUGAAGAGCGAGGCAGCUCCAAAGCCUCCCGCGUCAGCCCCACCGUCCAUCCUGGUGAAACCAGAAACCUCCCGCAACAGCGCCGAGAAGCAAGUGAAGACGGUGAGGUUCCAGAACCACAGCCCGCCGCCUCCCAAGCGGCACAGCCUGCAGCCCUCGCCGAGGCUGACCCGCAGCAGGACAGAGCCCGGGCCCGAGGGGCUCCUGGGCGAGCCCCGCCUGGGCCCCGAGCUGCUGGUGCUGUACUCGCCACGCCUGGGCUCCAGCCCCCUGCACCCGCGCCGGGCGCUGCACCCCAAGGCGCUGUCGCUGGACCUGUCGGGACAGCUGACCUUCCCCAUCAAGAAGAGCUACAGCAGCAUCUCUGCGAACUGA